CCCGGCCAGUCAUCGAAUUCAAUAUGGCCGACUUUCGGGUCCGGAUAAUACCUAAAUUGAAAAGAUUCGAAGGUUAACAAGAUCUUUAGAAACUUGCCAUGGAUAAGUUCGUCAUUCGAACUAAACGUUCUCCUAAACCUGAGCGGAAAAUUACCGAGACGGCGAACAGGAAGAAGCAAUCAACGAUUGAAAGCCUAGCGGUAAACAAUUGAAUUAUCUGCUUCGUUACUAAGCUUCGAUAUCUUUAUGCUUCUUUAACAAUUUUUUUAAUGCCGUUUGUGAAGUAAAUUGGUAGUGCACUGCUUAAAAUUAGAGUCUAAAUAAGCCAGAAAAUAACAUUUAAUUUCCAUUCCAUACAUAACUCUAAAUUUACUUCAGAGGUUGCUUAUUGUAUUUCCUAGUCACGUAUGUAUGGGUAAUAAGAUGAUUCAUAAUGGUUAUAGGACCGAGCGGAGGCCAAUACGUACACUGUCCUAUUAGUCCUCAAAUCGAGUCGGCGAGAACCUAUCACGAUCAAGAAUUGUGUUGUAGUUUUGAUUAUGUAUGCAAUUUGGUGUUAAUAGGUAUGAAUAAAAUUUUCAAAGACAACGAAAUUGCACGAGCUGCAAUGCAAUUUUUAGUCUUUGAACAAUUUUUCAAUUGCUUAUUACACCAAAUUGCAAGAGAAACCAUGCUAUUAGGUUAGUGUUUGCACACUAUUUGUAAUUUACACUCAUUUUAAAAAAUUGCACUCGUGUUACAUGAGAAUUAAUGCACUCAUUUUCCAGCCAAUCAUAAGUGCAUAAGUUUUUCAUGUACAUUAUUAGCUGAAUUACGCAUAUAUUUUGAUUGGCUAUGAUGAUCUAUCAGAGGACAGACCCAUAGAUGAAGUCAUCAUGAACCCUUUACACCCUAAAAUCAGUAUACAUAUUCUCCAUACUGUUCAUUAUACAUUUCCUAAGGUGCUGACAAGGAGAAUUUGUUUACCAGUCAAAAACUUCUUUCAUUGUUGAUCAUUUCCUUUAUUCUCAUGACCUUAACAUGUGAUUCAGGAGUGAUAAUGUAGGGAGGGAUUUGAUGCUGGUCACUCUCAGGGUUUAAAGAGUUAAUCUUUUUUUUGUUAUAUUAAACAAAUGGAUUUCGUGUUGCCAUGGGUUUGUACAGUGAUAGAUCACAGAAGACAUCAAAAUGUGGCAAGAACAGAAGUGACACAUUCACCUGCUGUGCCUUAUGUGCCACUGCUUUGUUUUUACUACAUUUUGAGGUCAUCUGAUCAGACUAACAACAACAUUGAAUCUUUCUCUUAAUUCUUUAAGAGUGUGGUUGUAGUGGAAGAAAUCCAGCGUCUCAAGCUUGAAUUAGAGAAUGAAGUUUCCACGCCAGAGACAAUUUUGUCAGCACUAAAAGUCUUGGGCAAAAAGAAUUUGUCAAAAGAAGUGUUAAUGUCCACCAAAGUUGGACACACAGUAAAUCGUCUGCGACGGCAGGGAAGUACUGAGGAGAUAAGGCAACAAGCAAAAGUUGUAUUCAGGAGAUGGAGACAGUUUGUAACAGACUUGGAAAAGGAGAAACCCUUGAUAGAGGUUCACUGUGACAAGAAGACUGAAGCAUUAAGAGGAAAAGGGAGGCAAUUGAUUGCUGAUGCUCUUCAAAUGACAGUAUGAUUAAAGUUGUUUGUAUAUUUAGUUUAUUACUGUGAAAUCUAUUUACAGAGUCACUUAAUAAACAUAAACAAACCACUUCGAUUAAAGAAAACGAGAGAGGCUCUUGAUUGGGAAACAAAUUCUCCUCGUCAGUGCCUUAGGAAAUACAUAAAGAACAAUAUGAAGAAUAUGGAUAUUGAUGUUAGUGUGUAUAGAUGGUCAAGGCAUUAGUGGGUUGUCAGAAAAACCUUUUCAAAUCUUGUUAGUUCUUUACAGCCUGGUUGAAAAUUUGAUUCUUCACUUGAUUAAUGACUUCCUUUCCUUAUAUUUCAGCCAUUAGAAAAUUUACCAGAACUUAUUGAGAGAACUGUGUUCCAUACUUAUGGUAGACUUAUAAAUAAUACCUACAAAAGGAAGAUGCGUUCUUUGGUUUUCAUCCUUAAACACAGGGAUUCCAUCCGAGAGAAGGUGGUCACUGGAGAAAUAUCAGUCAAGAAGCUUGUUUCAUCCUCUGUAGAGCAGCUCACCUAAAAAUUUACAACUUGGCCAUUUAUCAUUUUGGAUAAACAGCAUUUCUAUAUUUAUGUUGAAUUAACAUACAAUUUUUUUAAUAAUGCAGGACUUGGACAAAGGAAAUAUAUCAUAAUUUUUUUCCUAUAUUUUAUCAUGCUAUUAAAUACAAAUAGUCUGAAAUAUUUAAAAAUUAAAAGUGAGACUCAAUUUCUAACACAAAAUGUCUCUUACAGAUGUAGUUGAAGUAAGCAGUUUACUCACAAUACCAUGCAAUACAAUAAUUUUUGAUGUGUUUAAUACAAUAAAUUGUUUAUUAUCAUGGUCCUUUAAGUGCUAAAUUGAUUUGAAUUUACAUUUUUUGAAAACUUCUCAAGGAAAGUGGUGGAAAGAAGAGCUGGGCCUCAAUUUGUUGACCUAAGAUUUUAGUCAAGUUCCAUGCCUUUCAUGUUGGUGAUUGGCACAAUUGUUCACGUUAGGUACCGUGUGAUUAUGCAAGAUCAGUCUUUUUCUUGUAUGGAAAUAUCAGAGCUAGAGGUAUUAAAAGGAAG